CUUCUUUCCCUCCCGCCGCUCCUUCCCUCCGGGCCCGCAAGCAAUCGGCUUCACUCAUUCAGCUGGUUGCGCUGCGCUACGUUCCUUUCCCCAAAAUCACGCCCGACUCCUUGCGACCCUUCUCGCUCUGCAGUCGUGCAUACCAAUUGGAGAACUCCCCGACAAGCCAAAACAUCUUGCCGCCGCUCGUUUCACCAUGCCUUCCGUUCUCUCGCUCGUCCGCCGCGAUGCCUCUGCCUCCGACUCCGCCGAUGACGCCGCCCUGACUCCCUUGAUGGUCGACCUUCUCAUCGCCCUGCUGGUCCUUGUCGUCAUUGCCCUCAUGGCUGUUGUCGCGCUGAUCUUCAUGCGCAAGGCUCGCAACGCGAAGAAAGCCAAGACUCCCGAACUGCCCAUGUACAACGAAACCGAGCGCCCCGUCUCUUCCCGCAUGUCGUCGCAUCACCGCAGCCUGACCAUCGCCGCCGCCCCCGCCUACUCGGCCGGCAACCCAUCUGUGUUCGUCUACGGCGACGAAAAGGUCUCGAACGAGCCCCAGACGCCCAGCAGCCCCGUCCCGGAAAUCCGCAUCACGUUUCCGGAAGAGGUUGACGACAAGGGAAAUAAACAGUCUGGUCGGGUCGUUGUGGUGCGUGUCGGCGAGCACAGCGUUGGGCUGGAGCCGCUGCACGAGGAACAGCUGCCGCCUUACCAGAAGGACGCGACCGACCGCUUCCAGUCCCUCGAUCUGGAGCGCAUUGGCGGACUGAAGGAGAAGAACGAGUACUCUCCCUAAGCAAUCGACAAGAUCUCUGCCGCCGCUUUGCAGGCUACCAAUGUACCCUAAAUCCAGCAACAGCACCCGCAAUCGCAACUCCACC